AUGGAUUGGAAACCUCUCGGAGGGGUCUCAAUAUGCUCGGCUUUGUGCUUAUUUUUCACUGUCAUCAUCACUGCCGUCGGUGCUGCUGUGCUUCCCCGGCAAAUCGGUCAAAAUGUUCCUGCGAGGGAUUGGCAAUCAGCCGUACAAAAUAUCAACGGCCUGAACUCGGUUCUUACUCUGCUUCCAGUGCUUACUGGAAAAGUCCAAAAUGUCAAGCUCGUCGCCUGCAGAAUCUAUCCAGCGUCCUUUGUUGUUGCUGGAGUGGGUGCAGGUCGAGUUUUGUCUAAACUGCAGGUCGGCAUCUUGCUCUGGAGCUUUGAGCUGUACCGCAACACGGUCGGCGAGUUGUCAUACGCCCACGAUGAGUAUGUCAACAAGUUCUCUCCGACGCUAGAGCACAUUCCGACCGGUACGGCAGAGCGGCACUCUACGAGCUUGAUAAUCAACCACAACCCGGCCGAGGUAUACAUGGUUGAAGCCUGGUUUCGAACCAGGGGAGUGCCAUCCAUCAUCAAGCUUAAGCAGAAUAACUACAUUCGACUCGCUCUCGGCUCAUUCAUCUACUUGCUCCUCUACGGUGCCGAGACAUUCCUUGCGGUUCAGAAUGGAGCUGAUGGGACAACGAAGCUCCUUUGCGCGGUACAGGCCAUCUGCGUCAGUGCAUGGCUCAGUGCCGUUGUUACAGUUCAAGUAGUCAGAGGGCAAGGGAACCCAGAGAUUGAGCUGAACCGUCUCGAGUCCCCGGAGUACAGAUGCCUCAGAAUGCCAACGCUCGGAACCAACGUCAUCUGCGAGACAUUUAGUUUUCAUGUCGCCAAUCUAACGGAAUUUAAGCUCUACGGAGCGAAAUACGAGCAGCCAGUUCUCUCCGUUGCCGGUGUGCUCAUUCUGACCAGCGCAACUCUGGACAUCAUCUCAACGGUCCUUAUCGUCGGGUUGACAUCUUGGGCAUAUCCCUGGAUAGGAUUCGAAGUCGUAGUCAUCCUGAUCAAGGUGGUUUUCUGCAUUGAGCCCAUGCGAGAGAUCGAGAUCGCCAGUGCCAGACCACAUGGAGGCAAUGCCCACCAGAAUCCGCAAAUCACCAAUCCAGUCACCCUUCCCGCCCUGCUACCUUUGAAGAUUCAACUGGCAGACCCUUUCACCUGUAGUUUCGUGUCCACCGACUACAACGUCUUCCGAGAGGCCAACGCCGGCCGGGAAUGGCGGUCAACAUCAGCAGGAGUUUCCAUAGGGCAAACGUACACCGCCGUCGGCGACGACGGCAGCCCCCUCACCAAGUGCCUGGCUCACACCCAGGACGGAAAGCUCCUCUCUCUCGCCGACGACCCGCCGACUCCUCAAUCCAACGAAGCAUUGCAACGCGAGUUUCUCGCCGCGCUGUCGGUGGUCGUCGAAGCGAACAGAGUCCCAAGCGUGGAGUUCGUCACAGCUAUAGAAAGGACCCUGUGUCAGGUAGAAAGCACAAUGGAGCCUAGCUGGUAUGCCUUCGGAGCCAAGGACGUGACGGAUAGGGUUAAGAAAGCAAGGCGUGACUUGCAUUGGCGGCGGUUUCUCUGA